UGAGCAGCAUAUCACCACCGCUUGGCGCCACGACAGUGGGACUCCCAUUGCCCAUUUCCUCUCAAAACCAUUGAAAACCCUUUCUUCUUCUCCUUUUCCCCUUUCCGCGAUUCGCUUCCCUUCUGGUUCUUCUCAGGUUUCCAGCCAUGGCUGACGGUCAGCUCUACAACAAUAUCUCUCUCGGCGGCCGUGGAGGCACUAACCCUGGUCAGCUUAAAACAGAUCCAAGAGGUAUUCAGUGGAAGAAGCAAGGAGGUGGGAAGGCAGUUGAGGUGGAUAAAGCAGACAUUGUUGGUGUAACAUGGAUGAAGGUCCCAAGGUCAAACCAGUUGGGAAUUCGGGUCAAAGAUGGCUUGUAUUACAAGUUCAUUGGAUUCCGCGACCAGGACAUCAGCAGUUUAACCAAAUUUUUCCAGAGUAAUUGUGGAAUAACACCAGAGGAAAAGCAGCUUUGUGUCAGUGGUCGUAAUUGGGGUGAAGUUGAUUUGAAUGGGAAUAUGCUUACUUUCUUGGUUGGUUCAAAGCAAGCAUUUGAAGUGUCUCUAGCUGAUGUUGCCCAAACACAACUUCAAGGGAAGAACGAUGUUAUGUUGGAGUUCCAUGUGGAUGAUACAACAGGAGCAAAUGAGAAAGAUUCUCUAAUGGAGAUAAGUUUUCACAUACCAAAUACCAAUACUCAAUUUGUUGGUGAUGAAAGUCGCCCUCCUGCUCAGGUUUUCCGUGACAAAAUUAUGUCCAUGGCGGAUGUUAGUGCGGGCAUUGAGGAAGCCGUGGUCACAUUUGAGGGUAUUGCUAUCCUCACUCCAAGGGGUCGGUACAGUGUAGAACUCCACCUUUCAUUCCUGCGGCUCCAAGGACAAGCCAAUGACUUCAAAAUACAAUACAGCAGCGUUGUUCGCCUUUUCUUACUUCCAAAGUCCAAUCAGCCACAUACUUUUGUCGUUGUGACUUUAGAUCCACCAAUCCGUAAAGGCCAAACUUUAUACCCUCACAUUGUUCUGCAGUUUGAGACUGACUAUGUGGUUCAAAGCACCCUGCAAAUAGGUGAUGAACUUCUCAACACAAAGUACAAGGACAAGUUAGAACCUUCCUAUAAGGGACUGAUUCAUGAGGUUUUCACCACCAUAUUGCGUGGUUUAUCUGGUGCGAAAAUUACCAGACCUGGAAAAUUCCGCAGCUGUCAAGAUGGUUAUGCUGUCAAGUCAUCUUUGAAAGCUGAAGAUGGUGUCUUAUAUCCACUUGAAAAAAGUUUCUUCUUUCUUCCUAAGCCUCCUACCCUUAUUCUUCAUGAGGAGAUUGACUAUGUUGAAUUUGAGAGGCAUGCUGCUGGGGGGUCAAAUAUGCAUUACUUUGAUCUUCUCAUUAGACUGAAAACUGAACAAGAACAUCUCUUUAGAAAUAUCCAGAGGAACGAAUACCAUAAUCUUUUCGACUUUAUCAGCGGGAAGGGUUUGAAGAUCAUGAACUUGGGAGAUGCUCAGGCUAGAGAUGGCGUGGCAGCUGUUCUCCAAGAGGAUGAUGACGACGCUGUUGACCCACAUCUUGAGCGAAUUAGAAAUGAAGCUGGUGGAGAUGAGAGCGAUGAAGAGGAUUCCGAUUUUGUUGCUGACAAGGAUGAUGGGGGUUCUCCAACCGAUGAUUCGGGUGGGGAUGACUCUGAUGGUAGCAUAAGUGGAGGUGAAAAAGAGAAGCCUGGAAAAAAGGAGGCCAAAAAAGACCCUUCAUCUUCCAAGGCACCUGCCAAGAAGAAAUCUAGAGAAGGGACUGACGAUGGUUCAAAGAAGAAAAAACAGAAAAAGAAGAAGGAUCCAAAUGCACCAAAGAGGGCAAUAUCUGGUUUCAUGUUCUUCUCUAAGAUGGAAAGAGAGAACAUAAAGAAAAGUAAUCCUGGAAUUUCUUUCACGGAAUUAGGGCGAGUACUUGGAGACAAGUGGAAUAAGAUGUCGGCGGAAGAGAAAGAACCAUACGAAUCAAAGGCUCGGGAUGACAAAAAACGAUACAAGGAAGAAAUCAGUGGCUAUAAGAAUCCACAGCCAAUGAAUAUAGAUUCAGGGAAUGAAUCUGACAGUGCAUAGACGAUGGAUCAACUUCAUGGCUGAAUGGGAUUUGGAUGUACUAGGUUGUCGUACUGUACUGUAUUAGCAUAACAUAACAUAGUACAGGAUUAGCUGAGGAAUCCCAAAUGUUGAGCGAGUAGAGUUGCUGGUUUUGGCUUCUAUUGUAUGCAUUCUUUUUUGAAGCAACUGGAGAGAUUGAACCACCAAACUUGGCUGGCUAUUAGCUGACACAACUUGGUAAAUAUUUAGAAUUCCUUAUUUAUAUUGAGUAGAUUUUUAUUUUCUUUUU